AUGGCUGAAGAAGAAGAAACAAGGGAAGUGCUCUUUCCAGAUUGGGAAGGUCCAGAUAAAACUGGGCUGACUAUUGAACAGACACGGGAAGGAGAGAUCUUUGUAAAAGAAGUGAAAGGAGAGUCACCUGCAGCGCGAUCUGGGAAAGUAUAUGAAGGUGACCAGAUUGUGGGUGCAACAAUCUAUUUUGACAACAUGAGCUCAGAAGAAACAGCUGAGCUGCUGAAGACACUUAACCGUCACAAGGUUGGAUUGAAACUACAGAAUAAAGACAAAUCCCCAUGCUGCUCUCCCUUGAGAUCACCAUGUCGUUCCCCAAUGGGUACUUUGACAUGGGAGGGAAAAUUAGGAAGCUCCAGUCCAGACAUCAUUCUUAGUGGAGAUGAUGAGGACUAUAAAAGGAUUUACACACGGAAGAUCAAACCGAGGCUUAAGUCUGAAGACCUUGCAGAAGGCGUAGAUGUGCGUACGGAGCGGCAUAGCAGCACAAGUAGUGAUGGCAGCACAAUUACGACUGUCACACGCCGCAUCACCACUUAUACUGUGGACAUGCCAGUUGGCAUAAGUGAGCACCUUGAAUUUUCAAGCCCAGAUUUCAAGGGGCAAAGGCAGGAAUUAGGGGAUAGUUCUUCAGGAAUAAGAAUUUCACAUGGCAGCCCAACCAGAAUAGUUGGAGCUGAAGGAGGAGUUUUGGAUAUAGGCAAGCUAAGGGAAAGUUCAAACACUGGUAGUAGGCAUGUUUUUGUGGGAGCGAUGGGACCAAGUGAGGUAUUCAAAACUGAUAAUGAGAAUGGAGGGUCAAUUCAUGCAUCUGUAACAGAAAAAGGAAGACAGAUUAUUGUGACAUCCACAGAUAAAACACAAGGGGGUGAGGGAACAAAUGUGAAUUUACCUGAAUCAGGCUCUAUUCAUAUUCCCAACAUUUCAUUGAGUGGAGGUUUUGCAGAUGCUGCAAGUGAAUUGAAAGGGCCUUCUGCAAAUACAUCUGUCAGCAUCCAAACUAAAAAGUACCACGUUCACGGUCCAGGCAUUAGUCUUGAGCAGAAAGAGGGAGAUUUCAAAAUGCCUCAGGUAAAUAUAACAUCACAUAUGACAAAGGGUUCAAAUUUUGACAUGAAACCACACGACAUUGACAUUAGUCAGACUGGCCCAGAGAUGAAAGGAAAAGUGAAUGUAUCAACUCGAAAGAUGGAUGGGAAAGUAAAAAUACCAGAUGUGGUAAUCCAGGGUCCAGAGGUAGACAUGGAAGGACACAAAGGCGAUGGAAUACAGUUUGGUAAAGAUAUUCGCAAAUCUGAAAUCUCAGGCCCAAGUAUUACUAUGCCAAACGUGGAACUGAAUCUGAAGGGCAACAAAGUUAAAGGUGAAAUAGAUGUGUCACCAGGACAUAUCAAACAAAAUAUAGACACACCAGAGAUUGAAGUGACAGGCAUAAAAAUUGACAAUGACACAACGGGUAAUAUUGACUUUUCCAAAAUAAAAUUGCCAACAUUUGGUUUAAAAAGUCAGGAAGCCCAGGGCCCAGACAUUAACAUAAAUCUGAGCAAGGCUGAGAUUGAUGUCAAAGGCCCUGAGUUUUCAGGCCCAAAUUUGACAGAGGCAGUAAACAUCUCAGGACCAAAAAGCUCUUUGGCUAAAAUGGAUGUCAAUCUAAAAGGUCCAAAACUCAAAGGGGACGCACAUGUGUCUGUCCCAAAUAUUGAUGGAGAUAUCAAGGUGCCUGACAUUGACAUCAAAGGCCCAAAUGUAGACAUUAAGGGUUACAAGGCUGGUGAUGUUGAUAUCAACCUUCCUAAGGCUAAUAUUGACAUUAAAGUCCCUGAAGUAGGUGUAAGUCUCCCCAAAACUGACUUAAAUAUCAAGGGUCCAAAUUUAGAGAUUGAACCACCAGAUGCUGGCAUUGACAGUCAACGUUGGAAGCUCAAGGGACCCAAUCUGAAGAUGCCAAAAAUAUCAGGUUCAAAUGUCAACAUGCCAAAUGUGGAUUUCGAUCUUCAAGGCCCUAAUUUCAAAGGUGAUUUGGAUGUGUCAGUUUCAAAUGUUGAGGGGGAUAUCAAAUCACCGGAAAUUGACAUCAAAGCCCCAAAGAUUGACAUCAAAGGCCCAAACGUCGACCUUGAGGAUCCCAAGGGUGGAUUUAAAAUGCCCAAAAUUAAAACGCCAGAAUUUGGCUUCAAAGGUCCUAAACUAGAGGGUCCUCAAGUUGACAUCAACCUUCCCAAGGCCAAUAUUGAUGUCAAAGUCCCUGAAGUUGAUGUCAGUCUUCCCAAACUGGAUUUAGACACUAAAGGCUCAAAAUUAGACAUUGAAGGACCAGAUGUUGAAAUUGACAGUUCGGGUUCGAAGAUCAAGGGACCAAACCUUAAAAUGCCAAAAAUCUCAAAACCAAACAUUUCAAUGCCAGAAAUGGGUUUCCAUCUGAAAGGUCCUGAACUCAAAGGUGAUGUGGAUGUAUCUCUUCCAAAAACUGAGGGAGAUAUUGAAGCACCAGACGUGGCCAUCAAAGGCCCAGAAAUUGACAUUAAGGGCCCUAGUGGUGGAUUUGAAAUGCCCAAAAUUAAAAUGCCAGCAUUUGACUUCCAAGGGCCAAAAAUAGAGGGCCCUGAUGUUGGUAUCAAUCUUCCAAAAGCUAAUGUUGAUGUCAAAGUCCCUGCAGUGGAUGUUAGUCUCCCUAAAACUGAUUUAGACAUCACGGGUCCUGAUGUUGAUGUUGAAGUACCAGAUGUCGACAUCGGGAGUCCAGGUUGGAAAAUAAAAGGACCUAAACUGACGAUGCCAAAAAUCCCAAAGCCAAACAUCUCAAUGCCAGAAAUGGAUUUCCGUUUAAAAGGGCCGAAACUAAAAGGGGAUGUUGAUGUAUCAGUACCGAAAGUUGAAGGAGACAUUGAAGCACCAGAAGUAGAUAUCAAAUGCCCAAACAUUGACAUUAAAGGUGCCAAGGGGGGAUUUGAAAUGCCCAGAAUCAAAAUGCCAGAAUUUGACAUGAAAGGUCCAAAAUUGGAGAGUCCUGAUGUUGACAUCAAUCUUCCAAAGGCCAAUAUUGAUGUAAAAGUCCCUGAAGUUGAUGUCAGUGUCCCUAAAGCGGAUUUAGACAUCAAGGGGCCAGAUUUUGAUGUUGAAGUACCAGAUGCCGACAUUGGGAGUCCUGGUUGGAAGAUAAAAGGACCUAAACUGAAGAUGCCAAAAAUCCCGAAGCCAAACAUAUCAAUGCCAGAAAAGGGAUUGCAGCUAAAAGGUCCAAAACUCAAAGGGGAUAUUGAUGUAUCGAUACCAAAAGUGGAAGGAGACAUUGAAGCACCAGGAGUGGACAUCAAAGGCCCAAAAGUUGACAUCGAGGGCCCCAAGGGUGCAUUUGAAAUGCCAAAAAUCAAAAUGCCAGAAUUUGGCUUAAAAGGUCCAAAUAUAGAGGGUCCUGGUGUUGCCAUCAACCUUCCCAAGGCGAAUAUUGAUGUCAAAGUCCCAGAAGUUGAUGUCAGUCUCCCUAAAACUGAUUUAGACAUCACAGGUUGGAAAAUAAAAGGACCUAAACUGAAGAUGCCAAAAAUCCCGAAGCCAAACAUAUCAAUGCCAGAAAUGGGAUUGCAGCUAAAAGGUCCAAAACUCAAAGGGGAUAUUGAUGUAUCGAUACCAAAAGUUGAAGGAGACAUUGAAGCACCAGGAGUGGACAUCAAAGGCCCAAAAGUUGACAUCGAGGGCCCCAAGGGUGGAUUUGACAUGCCCAAAAUCAAAAUGCCAGAAUUUGGCUUUAAAGGUCCAAAAAUAGAGGGUCCUGAUGUUGAUGUCAAUCUCCCUAAAACUGAUUUAGACAUCAAAGGUCCUGAUGUUGAUGUUGAAGUCCCAGAUGUCGACAUCGGGAGUCCAGGUUGGAAAAUAAAAGGACCUAAACUGAAGAUGCCCAAAAUUCCGAAGCCAAACAUAUCAAUGCCAGAAAUGGGAUUGCAGCUAAAAGGUCCUAAACUCAAAGGGGAUGUUGAUAUAUCUGUACCAAAAGUUGAAGGAGACAUUGAAGCACCAGAAGUGGACAUCAAAGGCCCAAAAGUUGACAUCGAGGGCCCCAAGGGUGGAUUUGACAUGCCCAAAAUCAAAAUGCCAGAAUUUGGCUUUAAAGGUCCAAAAAUAGAGGGUCCUGAUGUCGACAUGAAUCUUCCAAAGGCCAAAAUUGAUGUCAAAGUCCCUGAGGUUGAUGUCAAUCUCCCUAAAACUGAUUUAGACAUCAAGGGUCCUGAUGUUGAUGUUGAAGUACCAGAUGUCGACACGGGGAGUCCGGGUUGGAAAAUAAAAGGACCUAAACUGAAGAUGCCAAAAAUCCCGAAGCCAAACAUAUCAAUGCCAGAAAUGGGAUUGCAGCUAAAAGGUCCUAAACUCAAAGGGGAUGUUGAUAUAUCUGUACCAAAAGUUGAAGGAGACAUUGAAGCACCAGAAGUGGACAUCAAAGGCCCCAAAGUUGACAUCAAGGGCCCAAGUGGUGGAUUUGACAUGCCCAAAAUCAAAAUACCAGAGUUAGGCUUUAAAGGUCCAACAUUAGAAAGUCCUGAUGUUGACAUCCAUCUUCCUAAGGCUAAUAUUGAUGUCAAAGUCCCUGAAGUUGAUGUCAGUCUCCCUCAAACUGAUUUAGACAUAUCAGGACCAGAUGUAGAUCUUGAUGUACCAGAUGUCCACAUAGAUAGUCCAGGUUGGAAAAUGAAGGGACCAAAACUGAAGAUGCCUAAAAUCUCAAAGCCAAACAUAUCAAUGCCAGAAAUGGAUUUCCAUCUGAAAGGUCCUAAACUCAAAGGGGAUGUUGAUAUAUCUGUACCAAAAGUUGAAGGAGAUAUUGAAGCACCAGACGUGGCCAUCAAAGGCCCAGAAAUUGACAUUAAGGGCCCUAGUGGUGGAUUUGAAAUGCCCAAAAUAAAAAUGCCAGCAUUUGGCUUCAAAGGGCCAAAAAUAGAGGGCCCUGAUGUUAAUAUCAAUCUUCCAAAAGCCAAUGUUGAUGUCAAAGUACCUGCAGUGGAUGUCAGUCUCCCUAAAACGGAUUUAGACAUCAAGGGUCCAGAUUUCAAUGUUGAUGUACCAGAUGUCGACAUCGGGAGUCCGGGUUGGAAAAUAAAAGGACCUAAACUGAAAAUGCCCAAAAUCUCAAAGCCAAACAUUUCAAUGCCAGAAAUGGAUUUCCAUUUAAAAGGGCCAAAACCUAAAGGGGAUAUUGACGUAUCACUGCCAAAAGUUGAAGGAGACAUUGACACACCAGACGUGGCCAUCAAAGGCCCAGAAAUUGACAUUAAGGGCCCUAGUGGUGGAUUUGAAAUGCCCAAAAUAAAAAUGCCAGCAUUUGGCCUGAAAGGGCCAAAAAUAGAGGGCCCUGAUGUUGAUAUCAAUCUUCCAAAAGCCAAUAUUGAUGUCAAAGUCCCUGAAGUUGAUGUCAGUCUCCCUAAAACAGAUUUAGACAUCAAGGGUUCUGAUUUUGAUGUUGAAGUACCAGAUGUCAACAUCGGGAGUCCGGGCUGGAAAAUAAAGGGACCUAAACUGAAGAUGCCCAAAAUCCCAAAGCCAAACAUCUCAAUGCCUGAAAUGGAUUUCCACCUAAAAGGGCCGAAACUAAAAGGGGAUGUUGAUGUAUCAGUACCAAGAGUUGAUGGAGACAUUAAAGCACCAGAAGUGGAUAUCAAAGGCCCAAAUAUUGAUAUUAAGGGUCCCAAUGGUGCAUUUGAAAUGCCAAAACUCAAAGUGCCAGAAUUUGGCUUGAAAGGUCCAAAAGUAGAGGGUCCCGAUGUUGCCAUCGCCCUUACCAAGCCCAAUAUUGAUGUCAAAGUCCCAGAAGUUGAUGUUAGUCUCCCUAAAACUGAUGUAGACAUCACUGGACCAGAUAUAGAUGUUCAACUACAAGAGGCUGAAAUAGACAGUCCAGGUUGGAAAAUAAAGGGACCUAAACUGAAGAUGCCAAAAAUUUCAAUGCCAAACAUCACAAUACCAGAACUGAAUUUAAUAAAAGGUCCGAAACUCAAAGGGGAUGUUGAUGUAUCACUGCCAAAAGUUGAAGGAGACAUUGACGCACCAGAAAUCGACAUCAAAGGCCCUAAGAAUGGAUUUGAAAUGCCUAAAAUUAAAAUGCCAGAAUUGAGCUUGAAAGGUCCAAAACUUGAAGGUCCCAAUGUUGAUAUCAAUCUUCCAAAGGCCAAUAUUGAUGUCAAAGUCCCUGAAGUGGAUGUCAGUGUCCCUACAGCUGAUUUAGACAUCACGGGUCCAGAUUUUGAUGUUGAAGCACCAGAUGUCGACAUUGGGAGUCCAGGUUGGAAGAUAAAAGGACCUAAACUGAAGAUGCCCAAAAUCCCAAAGCCAAACAUCUCAAUGCCAGAAAUGGAUUUCCAUGUGAAAGGUCCUAAAUUCAAAGGGGAUGUUGAUGUAUCACUGCCAAAAGUUGAAGGCGACAUUAAAGCACCAGAAGUGGAUAUCAAAGGCCAAAAAAUUGACAUCAAAGGCCCCAGUGGUGGAUUUGAAAUGCCCAAAAUCAAAAUGCCACAAUUUAGCUUGAAAGGUCCAAAAGUAGAGGGUCCCGAUGUUGCCAUCAACCUUCCCAAGCCCAAUAUUGAUGUCAAAGUCCCAGAAGUUGAUGUCAGUCUCCCUAAAACUGAUUUAGACAUCAGGGGACCAGAUAUAGAUGUUCAACUACCAGAAGCUGAAAUCGACAGUCCAGGUUGGAAAAUAAAAGGACCUAAACUGAAGAUGCCAAAAAUUUCAAUGCCAAACAUUGCAAUGCCAGAACUGGAUUUAAAUCUAAAAGGUCCGAAACUCAAAGGGGAUAUUGAUGUAUCACUGCCAAAAGUUGAAGGAGACAUUGACGCACCAGAAAUGGACAUCAAAGGCCCAAAAAUUGACAUUAAAGGCCCUAAGAAUGGAUUUGAAAUGCCCAAAAUUAAAAUGCCAGAAUUGAGCUUGAAAGGUCCAAAACUUGAAGGUCCCGAUGUUGACAUCAAUCUUCCAAAGGCCAAUAUUGAUGUCAAAGUCCCUGAAGUGGAUGUCAGUGUCCCUAAAGCAGAUAUAGACAUCAAGGGGCCAGAUUUUGAUGUCGAAGUACCAGAUGUCGACAUUGGGAGUCCGGGUUGGAAGAUAAAAGGACCUAAACUGAAGAUGCCCAAAAUCCCAAAGCCAAACAUCUCAAUGCCAGAAAUGGAUUUCCAUCUAAAAGGGACGAAACUAAAAGGGGAUGUUGAUGUAUCAAUACCAAAAGUUGAAGGCGACAUUGCAGCACCAGAAGUUGAUAUCAAAGGCCCAAAUAUUGAUAUCAAGGGCCCCAAGGGUGCAUUUGAUAUGCCAAAAAUCAAAAUGCCACAAUUUGGCUUGAAAGGUCCAAAAGUAGAGGAUCCCGAUGUUGCCAUCAACCUUCCCAAGCCCAAUAUUGAUGUCAAUGUCCCAGAAGUUGAUGUCAGUCUCCCUAAAACUGAUUUAGACAUCACGGGACCAGAUAUAGAUGUUCAACUACCCAAAGCUGAAAUAGACAGUCCAGGUUGGAAAAUAAAGGGACCUAAACUGAAGAUGCCAAAAAUUUCAAUGCCAAACAUCGCAAUGCCAGAACUGGAUUUCAAUCUAAAAGGUCCGAAACUCAAAGGGGAUAUUGAUGUAUCACUGCCAAAAGUUGAAGGAGACAUUGACGCACCAGAAAUGGACAUCGAAGGCCCAAAAAUUGACAUUAAAGGCCCUAAGGGUGGAUUUGAAAUGCCCAAAAUUAAAAUGCCAGAAUUGAGUUUGAAAGGUCCAAAACUUGAAGGUCCCGAUGUUGACAUCAAUCUUCCAAAGGCCAAUAUUGAUGUCAAAGUGCCUGAAGUAGAUUUCAGUGUCCCUAAAGCUGAUUUAGACAUCAAGGGGCCAGAUUUUGAUGUUGACGCACCAGAUGUCGACAUUGGGAGUCCGGGUUGGAAAAUAAAAGGACCUAAACUGAAGAUGCCCAAAAUCCCAAAGCCAAACAUUUCAAUGCCAGAAAUGGACUUGAAUCUUAAAGGUCCUAAACUCAAAGGGGAUGUUGAUGUAUCAGUACCCAAAGUUAAAGGAGACAUUGAAGCACCAGAAGUAGACAUCAAAGGCCUCAAAAUUGACACUAAAGGCCCAAAGGGUGGAUUUGAAAUGCCCAAAAUUAAAAUGCCAGACUUUGGCAUUAAAGGUCCAAAAAUAGAGGGUCCUAAUGUGGACGUCAAUCUUCCAAAGGCCAAUAUUGAUGUCAAAGUCCCUGAAGUGGAUAUCAAUGUCCCUAAAGCUGAUUUAGACAUCAAGGGGCCAGAUUUUGAUGUUGAAGCACCAGAUGUCGACAUUGGGAGUCCGGGUUGGAAAAUAAAAGGACCUAAACUGAAGAUGCCCAAAAUCCCAAAGCCAAACAUUUCAAUGCCAGAAAUGGAUUUCCAUCUUAAAGGCCCUAAACUCAAAGGGGAUGUUGACGUAUCAGUACCAAAAAUUAAAGGAGACAUUGAAGCACCAGAAAUAGACAUCAAAGGCCCCAAAAUCGACACCAAAGGGCCAAAGGGUGGAUUUGAAAUGCCCAAAAUUAAAAUGCCAGACUUUGGCUUUAAAGGCCCAAAAAUAGAGGGUCCUGAUGUGGACUUCAAUCUUCCAAAGGCCAAUAUUGAUGUCAAAGUCCCUGAAGUGGAUUUCAGCGUCCCUAAAGCUGAUUUAGACAUCAAGGGGCCAGCUUGUGAUGUUGAAGCACCAGAUGUUGACAUCGGGAGUCCGGGUUGGAAAAUAAAAGGACCUAAACUAAAGAUGCCCAAAAUCUCAAAGCCAAACAUCUCAAUGCCAGAAAUGGAUUUCCAUCUGAAAGGUCCUAAACUCAAAGGAGAUGUUGAUAUAUCUGUACCAAAAGCUGAAGGAGACAUUGAAGCACCAGAAGUGGAUAUCCAAGGCCCAAAAAUGGACAUUAAAGGCCCCAAAGGUGGAUUUGAAAUGCCCAAAAUAAAAAUGCCAGAAUUUGGCUUUAAAGGGCCAAAAAUAGAGGGUCCGGAUGUUGACAUCAAUCUCCCAAAAGGCAGUAUUGAUGUCAAUGUCCCUAAAGUGGAUGUCAGUCUCCCUAAAACUGAUUUAGACAUCAAGGGUCCAGAUUUUGAUGUGGAAGCACCAGAUGUUGACAUCGGGAGUCCGGGUUGGAAAAUAAAAGGACCUAAACUGAAGAUGCCCAAAAUCUCAAAGCCAAACAUCUCAAUGCCAGAAAUGGAUUUCCAUCUGAAAGGUCCUAAACUCAAAGGAGAUGUUGAUAUGUCUGUACCAAAAGUUGAAGGAGACAUUGAAGCACCAGAAAUGGACAUCAAAGGUCCGACAAUUGACAUUAAGGGCUCCAGUGGUGGAUUUGAAAUGCCAAAAAUCAAAAUGCCAGAAUUUGGCUUUAAAGGGCCAAAAUUAGAGGGUUCUGAUGUUGACAUCAAUCUUCCAAAAGCCAAUAUUGAUGUCAAAGGUCCUGAUUUUGAUGUUGAAGUACCAGAAGUCGACAUUGGGAGUCCGGGCUGGAAAAUAAAAGGACCUAAACUGAAGAUGCCCAAAAUCCCAAAGCCAAACAUCUCAAUGCCAGAAAUGGAUUUCCAUCUAAAAGGGCCGAAACUAAAAGGGGAUGUUGAUGUAUCAGUACCAAGAGUUGAAGGAGACAUUGAAGCACCAGAAGUGGAUAUCAAAGGCCCAAAUAUUGAUAUCAAGGGCCCUAAGGGUGCAUUUGAAAUGCCAAAAAUCAAAAUGCCAGAAUUUGGCUUGAAAGGUCCAAAAGUAGAGGGUCCCGAUGUUGCCAUCAACCUUCCAAAGGCCAAUAUUGAUGUCAAAGUCCCAGAAGUUGAUGUCAGUCUCCCUAAAACUGAUUUAGACAUCACGGGACCAGAUAUAGAUGUUCAACUACCAAAAGCUGAAAUAGACAGUCCAGGUUGGAAAAUAAAGGGACCUAAAUUGAAGAUGCCAAAAAUUUCAAAGCCAAACAUAUCCAUGCCAGAAAUGGAUUUCCAUCUGAAAGGUCCAAAACUCAAAGGGGAUGUUGAUGUAUCGAUACCAAAAGUUGAAGGAGACAUUGAAGCACCAGGUUUGGAUAUCAAAGGCCCAAAAAUUGACAUCGAGGGCCCCAGUGGUGGGUUUGAAAUGCCCAAAAUCAAAAUGCCAGACUUUGGCUUUAAAGGUCCAAACAUUGAGGGUCCUGAUAUUGAUGUCAAAGUCCCUGAAGUUGAUAUCAGUCUCCCUAAAACUGAUUUAGACAUCAAGGGCUCAGAUUUUGAUGUUGAAGCACCAGAUGUCGACAUAGACAGUCCAGGUUGGAAAAUAAAGGGACCUAAACUGAAGAUGCCCAAAAUCUCAAAGCCAAACAUCUCAAUGCCAGAAAUGGAUUUCCAUCUAAAAGGGCCAAAACUAAAAGGGGAUGUUAAUGUAUCAGUACCAAAAGUUGAAGGAGACAUUGAAGCACCAGAAGUGGAUAUCAAAGGCCCAAAAAUUGACAUGAAAGGCCCUAAGCGUGGAUUUGAAAUGCCUAAAAUCAAAAUGCCAGAAUUUGGCUUUAAAGGUCCAAAACUAGAAGGGCCCGAUGUUGACAUCACGAUUCCCAAAGCUAAAAUUGAUGGAAUAGUCCCUGAGGUCGAACUUCAAGUACCAGAUCUUGACAUUGACAGUCCCAGUGGUAAGAUCAAAGGACCAAAAUUCAAGAUGCCAAAGAUUUCAGGGCCAAGCAUCUCUAUGCCUGAUGUAGAUUUCCAACUGACAGGCCCUAAACUUAAAGGUGAUGUUAAUAUAGGUCAACCAAAUAUCGAAGCAGACAUAAAAGCACCAGAUGUCGAUUUUAAGGGUCCAAAACUUGAGACUAAGGGUUCCAAGAGCAGUUUUGGAUUACCAAAAUUCAAACUGCCAGACUUUGGGUUUAAAAGUAAAAAACUGGAGGGUUCUGGCAUUGACAUAACACCCCCCAAAGCUAAUAUUGACCUUAAGGGCCCUGGGUUGGACACUCAAGGACCAGAUGUUGACAUCGGUGGUCCCAGUGGGAAAAUCAAAGGACCUAAAUUCCAGAUGCCAAAACUCUCCGGACCAAACAUCUCCAUGCCUGAUGUAGAUUUCAAUAUGAAAGGACCUAAACCUAAAGGCGAUGUUGACGUGUCACUUCCAAGUGUUGAGGGGGAUAUUAAAAUGCCAGAAAUGGAUAUCAAAGGACCCAAAGUUGGAAUUAAGGGCACCAAGACUGGAUUUGAAAUGCCAAAAAUUAGAAUGCCAGAAUUUGGUUUUAAAGGUCCAAGAAUGGAAGGUUCCGACCUUGAUAUUAACCUUCCAAAGGCUAAUAUUGAUGUCAAAAUCCCUGAGGGCCUAAACAUGGACAUUGAAGGACCAGAUGUUGACAUUGACAGUCCCAGUGGAAAAAUCAAAGGACCCAAAUUCAAGUUACCAAAAAUCACAGGACCAGGCCUCUCUAUGCCUGAUGUGGAUUUCAAUUUGAAAGGUCCUAAACUGAAAGGUGAUGUUGAUAUGUCACUAGCAAGUGUUGAUGGAGAUAUUAAAGUACCAGAAAUGGAUAUCAAAGGCCCAAAAGUUGACAUCAAGGGCCCCAAGGGUGGAUUUCAAAUGCCCAAAAUCAAAAUGCCAGAAUUUGGCUUCAAAGGUCCUAAACUAGAGGGCCCUGACCUUGACAUCAAUCUUCCCAAGGCAAAUAUUGAUGUCAAGGUUCCGGAGGUUGAACUGAAAGGUCCAGAAGUUGAUGUAAACCUUCCAAAAGCUGAUUUAGAUAUUAAGGGCCUAAGCAUGGACAUUGAAAGACCAGAUGUUGACAUUGACAGUCCCAGUGGAAAGAUCAAAGGACCCAAAUUCAAGAUGCCAAAAAUUACAGGACCAAGCAUUUCCAUGCCUGAUGUGGAUUUCCAAGUGAAAGGCCCAAAACUUAAAGGUGAUGUUGAUAUGUCACUACCAAGUGUUGAGGGAGAUAUAAAAGUACCGGAAAUGGAUAUCAAAGGACCCAAAGUUGGCAUCAAAGGUGCCAAGACUGGAUUUGAAAUGCCAAAAAUCAAAAUGCCUGAAUUUGGCUUCAAAGGUCCGAAACUUGAGGGUCCAGAAGUUGAUGUAAAUCUCCCAAAAGGUGAUUUAGAUAUUAAGAGUCCCAAUGUGAACAUCGAAGGACCAGAUAUUGACAUUCAGAGUCCCAGUGGAAAGAUUAAAGGGCCAAAAUUCAAGAUGCCAAAACUCUCAGGACCCAAAAUUUCAUUUCCAGACGUUGAUUUCAAUCUGAAAAGCCCCACAUUAAAGGCAGAUGUGGAUCUUUCAACUAAACAUAUUGAGGGAGAUAUAAAAGGUAAAAAUGUUGACGUCAAAGGGCCGAACAUUGGAUUCGACCUUCCAAAAUUUAAAAUGCCCCAGUUUGGUGUCAAAGGUUCAAAUCUGGAGGGCCCGAAUGUUGAUGCAACUCUCCCCAAAUCUGAUCUGGACAUCAAGGGACCACAAAUAGACAUUAAAACGCCAGAUGUUGACACUGACAGUCCCAGUUGGAAAAUCAAGGGACCUAAAUUUAAUAUGCCAAAAAUCAAAGGUCCAAACAUCCCCAUGCCAAAUCUGGAUAUUAAUCUGAAAGGACCUAAACUCAAAGGUGAUAUGGAUAUGUCAGUUCCAAAUAUUGAAGGAGAUAUGAAAGCACCUGAAAUUGAAAUCAGAGGCCCAAAAGUUGACAUCGAGGGCCCCAAGGGUGGAUUUGACAUGCCAAAAAUCAAAACGCCUGAAUUUGAUGUGAAGGGCCCAAAACUAGAAGGUCCUGAUGUUGACAUCAAUUUUCCUCAAGCCAAUAUUGAUGUCAAAGUCCCUGAAGUGGAUUUCAGUCUCCCUAAAACAGAUUUUGACAUCAAGGGUCCCGAUUUCGAUGUUGAAGUACCAGAUGUCGACAUUGGGAGUCCAGGUUGGAAAAUAAAGGGACCCAACCUAAAGAUGCCUAAAAUUUCAAAACCAAACAUCUCAAUGCCAGAAAUGGAUUUUCAUUUAAAAGGUCCUAAACUCAAAGGAGAUGUGGAUGUUUCAGUACCAAAAGUUGAAGGAGACAUUGAAGUACCAGGAGUGGAUAUCAAAGGCCCAAAAGUUGACAUUAAGGGCUCCAAGGGUGGAUUUGGAAUACCGAAAAUUAAAAUGCCUGAUUUUGGCUUCAAAGGUCCAAACCUGGAAGGUCCCGAUGUUGACAUCAAUCCUCCGAAGGCCAGUAUUGAUAUAAAGGUCCCUGAAGUUGAUGUCAAUCUCCCCGAAGCUGAUUUAAAAAUCAAGGGUCCAGAUUUAGACGUUGACGUACCAGAUGUUGACAUUGGCAGUCCAGGCUGGAACAUCAAGGGACCCAAUUUAAAGAUGCCAAAAAUCUCCAAACCAAACAUUUCAAUGCCAGAAAUGGAUUUCCAUCUGAAAGGACCUAAAAUCAAAGGUGAUGUGGAUAUGUCAGUUCCAAAUAUAGAGGGAGACAUUGAAGCACCAGAAGUUGAUAUCAAAGGCCCAAAAGUGGACAUUAAGGGCCCCAAGGGUGGGUUUGAAAUGCCAAAAAUUAAAAUGCCUGAUUUUGGUUUUAAAAGUCCAAAACUGGAAGGUCCCGAUGUAGACAUCAACCUUCCCAAGGCCAACAUUGAUAUCAAGGUCCCUGAAGGUGAUUUCAGUCCCCCUAAUACAGAUGUGGACAUCAAAAGUCAGGAUUUAGACAUUGAAAUACCAGAUGUUGACAUUGGCAGUCCAGGUUGGAAAUUCAAGGGACCCAAUUUGAAGAUGCCAAAAUUCUCCAAACCAAACAUUUCAAUGCCAGAAAUGGAUUUCCAUCUGAAAGGCCCUAAACUCAAAGGGGAUAUUGAUGUAUCGAUACCAAAAGUUGAAGGAGACAUUGAAGCACCAGAAGUUGAUAUCAAAGGCCCAAAAGUUGACAUUAAGGGCCCCAAGGGUGGGUUUGAAAUGCCCAAAAUUAAAAUGCCUGAUUUUGGUUUUAAAAGUCCAAAACUGGAAGGUCCCGAUGUAGACAUCAACCUUCCCAAGGCUAAUAUCGAUAUCAACGUCCCUGAAUGUGAUUUCAGUCUCCCCAAAACAGAUGUAGACAUCAAGAGUCCAGAAUUUGACAUUGAAAGACCAGAUGUUGAUAUCGGCAGUCCAGGUUGGAAAAUAAAGGGACCCAAUUUGAAGAUGCCAAAAAUUUCAAAACCAAACAUUUCAAUGCCAGAACUGGAUUUCCAUCUGAAAGGUCCAAAACUCAAAGGGGAUAUUGAUGUAUCGAUACCAAAAGUUGAAGGAGACAUUGAAGCACCAGGAGUGGACAUCAAAGGCCCAAAAGUUGACAUCGAGGGCCCCAAGGGUGGAUUUGACAUGCCAAAAAUCAAAAUGCCAGAAUUUGGCUUUAAAGGUCCAAAAAUAGAGGUCCCUGACGUUGAUGUCAAUCUCCCUAAAACUGAUUUAGACAUCGAGGGUCCAGAUUUCGAUGUUGAAGCACCAGAUGUUGACAUUGGGAGCCCUGGUUGGAAAAUAAAAGGACCUAAACUGAAGAUGCCCAAAAUCCCAAAGCCAAACAUCUCAAUGCCAGAAAUGGAUUUCCAUCUGAAAGGUCCUAAAUUCAAAGGGGAUGUUGAUGUAUCAAUGCCAAAAGUUGAAGGCGACAUUAAAGCACCAGAAGUGGAUAUCAAAGGCCCAAAAAUUGACAUCAAAGGCCCCAGUGGUGGAUUUGAAAUGCCCAAAAUCAAAAUGCCAGAGUUAGGCUUUAAAGGUCCAAAAUUGGAAAGUCCUGAUGUUGACAUCAAUCUUCCUAAGGCUAAUAUUGAUGUCAAAGUCCCUGAAGUUGAUGUCAGUCUACCUAAAACUGAUUUAGACAUAUCAGGACCAGAUUUAGAUGUUGAUGUACCAGAUGUUGACAUAGACAGUCCAGGCUGGAAAAUAAAGGGACCAAAACUGAAGAUGCCUAAAAUGUCAAAGCCAAACAUAUCGAUGCCAGAAAUGGAUUUUCAUCUGAAAGGUCCUAAACUCAAAGGGGAUGUUGAUAUAUCUGUACCAAAAGUUGAAGGAGACAUUGAAGCACUAGACGUGGACAUCAAAGCCCCAAAGAUUGAAAUCAAAGGGCCAAAGACUGGAUUUGGAAUGCCAAAAAUUAAAAUACCUGAAUUUGGCUUAAAAGGCACAAAACUAGAAGGUCCUGAUGUUGACAUGAAUCUUCCUAAAACCAACAUUGAUGUCACAAGUCCAGAUAUAGAUGUUGAAGUACCAGGUGUCGACAUCGGGAGUCCAGGUUGGAAAUUAAAGGGACCUAAAUUCAAGAUGCCAACUGUGGAUUUCAAUCUGAAAGGUCCUCAAAUCAAAGCAGACAUAGAUGCAGGAGCGCCACAUGUUGAAGGAGAGAUAAAAGCACCAGGAAUAGAAAUCAAAGGGCCCAAAGGUGACAUCAAGGGGCCUGGAUUUGAGUUGCCUAGAAUACAAAUGCCAGAAUUUGGUUUGAAAGGUCCCAAUGUUGAGGGCCCUGAAGUUGACAUAAGCCUUCCUAAAUUCAAGGGCCAUAGUGAAGGGAAUAUUGAAUUGCCAAAAGCUGAACUUGAUGUGGAAGAUGUUAAUGUCGAUAUUCCAGGGUUCAGCACCAAGAAAGCUAAAUUCAAAAUGCCCAAGUUUGGUUUUCGGGGUCCAAAGAUCAAAAACCCAGAAACUGAUCUGAAACAGCCACAAGGAAAUAUCAACAUCAAAGGGAAGACUGGCAGUAUUGAAGGACUGGAUGUAGAUAUAGAUGUAACAGGCCCCAAAGUAAAAGGACACAAAUUUAAAAUGCCCAAAUUUGGUUUCAAGGUUCCUAAAGUGGAAAUUCCAGGAGCUGAUCUUCAUCUGACUAAGGAGGGUGGAGAGAUAGAAUUUCCAGAUGUUGACAUUAAAGGACCAGAAGUAAUAAGUGGUGAUCCUAAUGUAAAAAUCAAAGGCUCAAAGCUCAAAAUGCCAGAUGUAUCACUUUCAAAGGCUGACGUAGGUCUAAACAUACCAAGCGUUGAUAUAAAAGGUCCAGAAUUGCAGGAACCAAAUGUUGAUAUUAACCUCCCCAAGGCUGGUAUUGAUGUCAAAGCCCCAGAGGUCGAUAUUCAAGGGCUGGAUGUUGAUCCCAGUCUACCAAAAGUUAAUGUCAACAUUCGAGGACCUAAAGUAGAUAUUGAAGGGGCAGAUGUUGAUAUUGGCAUCCCUGGUGAGAAGAUCAAGGGACCAAAAUUCAAGAUGCCAAAGAUUUCAGGGCCAGGCAUCUCCAUGCCAGAUGUGGAUUUCAAUCUGAAAGGUCCGAAACUCAAGGGCGAUGUUGAUGUGUCAGUACCAAAAAUAGAUGGAGAUAUCAAAGGCCCAAAAGUUGACAUUAAGGGCUCCAAGGGUGGAUUUGAAAUGCCCAAAUUUAGAUUGCCAGAAUUUGGCUUCAAAGGUCCAAAACUGGAGGGCCCUGACAUUGACAUCAACAUUCCCAAAGCUGAUGUUGACAUCAAAGUCCCUGAGGUUGAACUUCAAGGUCCAGAAGUUGAUAUAAAUCUCCCCAAAGAUCAUUUGGAAAUUAAGGGAACAUCAUUGGACAUUGAAGCAACAGAUGUCAACAUUGAAAGUCCCAGUGGUAAGAUCAAGGGACCCAAAUUCAAGCUUCCCACAAUCUCAGGACCAAACAUCUCCUUUCCUGAUUUCAGUCUCAGAGGUCCCAAUGUCAAAGGUGAUGUAGAUUUGUCAGUACCUAAUUUUGAGGCUGAGAUAAAAGCCCCAACAAUGGAUAUCCAAGGCCCAAACACUGACAUUAAGGGCUCUAUGGGUGGAUUUGAAUUUCCUAAAUUGAAAAUGCCACAAUUUGGAUUCAAAGGUCCAAAACUGGAGAGUGCUGAUGUUGACAUCGACAUUCCCAAUGCUAAUAUUGAUGUCAAACUACCUGAGGUUGGCCUGCAGGGUCCUGCAGUUGAUAUUAGUUCCCCCAAGGGUGAUUUUAACAUUGAGGUUCCAAAACUGGACAUUGAAGGACAAGCUCUCGAUAUUGACAGUCCCAGUGGAAAACUUAAGGGACCAAAAUUCAAGAUGCCCAAGAUCUCAGGACCAAACCUCUCCAUGCCUGAUGUUGAUUUGCAACUGAAGGGGCUUAAAUUGAAAGGUGAUGUUGAUGUGUCAUUAUCAAAUAGUGAGGGUGAUUUCAAACGACCAGAAAUAGAUGUUAAAGGCCCCAAAAUUGACAUCAAGAGCCCCAAGACCGGAUUUGAAAUUCCAAAAAUCAAAAUCCCAGAAUUUGGCUUCAAAGGUCAAAAACUGGAGGGCCCCAAUGUUGAUGUUAACCUCACAAAAGCUGAUUUGGAUAUAAAAGGUCCAAAGAUGGACAUACGAGGACCAGAUGUUGACAUUGAUACUCCUAGUGGAAAGAUCGUGGGACCAAAAUUCAAAAUGCCAAAAAUCACAUCACCAAGCAUUUCCAUGCCUGAUGUAAAUUUCCAUGUGAAAGCUCCUAAAUUUAAAGGUGAUGUUGAUAUGUCAGUACCAAGUGUUGAGGGAGAUAUAAAAGCACCAGAAAUUGAUAUCAAAGGACCAAAAGUUGGCAUUAAGGGUGCCAAGACUGGAUUUGAAAUGCCAACAAUCAAAAUGCCAGAAUUUGGCUUCAAAGGUCCAAAACUGGAGGGCCCUGAAAUUGACAUCAACCCUCCCAAGGCUAAUAUUGAUGUCAAGAUCCCUGAGGUUGAACUGAGAGGUCGAGAAGUUGACAUAAAUAUCCCAAAAGUCAAUCUGAAAGGAGUCAAAGGUGAUGUAGACUUGUCAGUGCCUAAUUUUGAGGGUGAAACAAAAGCACCAAAAAUGGAUAUCAAAGGCCCAAAUAUUGACAUCAAAGGUUCUAUGGGUGGAUUUGAUGUUCCUAAAUUAAAAAUGCCACAAUUUGGCCUCAAAGGUCCAAAACUGGAAGCUCCUGAAAUUGACACUAGCAUUGAUGUGAGAGACCCUGACGUUGAAAUUCCAACGGGUGCAGUUGAAGGUCCAAACAUGAAAGGUGAUUUGUCAUAUCCCGAUUUAGAUGUCACCAUAAAGGGGAAGAAGGGCAAAUUCAAACUCCCUAAAGUGGUAGGAAAAGGAAAGAAACUCGAUAUUGACACAGACACACCGAGAACAGAUGUAACAGCGGGCACACCUAAUGUCAAUGUCCAUACAACAAAAGUGAAAAAGCCAAUUUUCGGGAAACUUCAUUUUCCUGAUGUAGAACUUGACAUCAAAUCCCCUAAAGUCAAAGGUGAUGGAACUUUCUCUGAGGAGUUGAAAUCCCCCGCUGUAGAGUUACAGGAUUCUGUUACAGGCAGUCCAAAUAUUAGUUACGAAAGCUCAGAUGUGAAAUUUAAGGCUCCCCAGAUCAGCCUGCCAAACAUCAAUGUUUCUCCUGCAGGUGGCACAUUUAGAGGCCUUCAAUAUCCCGAAGGUACGGUAACAUUCCCCAAGCUCAAGUUACCACAGUUUGGUUUUAGUAAGCCACAGUAUGAGGGCCAGGAGGGUGAUGGCAAAGGUGCAACAGGCAUAACAGCUAGUGGAGAGCUUCGCUGCUCCCAGGAUUUUACAGUUUCCAGUCCAGAGAUAAGGCAAAGUGAAGGAAAGAUAAAGGUGAAGUUCCCAAAUUUUUUUGGCAAAUCAAAAUCAAAGGGCAGGAGUGCAGGGGAGCUUCGGGGAACAGAGGUAGAACUGAGUACCAGUGGAAAAGGUGAAGUCUCUAAAGGUCUCAGUGUACAAGGUGGAAGAGGGAAAUUACAAUUUGAGGGUGAUGCUGGACUCAGUGUUUCCCCCAAAAGCAAGUCUGCAUCACUGGAUCUUUUCAAGAAGUCACGACAUCGGUCUUCCUCUCAUAGUGAUGAGGGUGGGCUUGCAGUUAUUUCCCCUUCAGGGCACCUUGGAGCAGAGGGCAGUGAUAUUUCAGUAGACCUAAGUGGACCAAAGAUCAAAGGAAAGAAAGGCAAGUUGAAGUUUGGCACUUUUGGAGGUUUUGGUUCCAAGUCAAAGGGCUCGUAUGAAGUAACGUAUGGUGAAGGUAGCGAAGCAGGAGUAGAGGGUAGUGCAGGUAUGUCAUUGGCCUCCUCAAAACCUAGAUUGUCCUCAUCGUCUAGCAGUGAUAGUGGGUCAAAGGGUGCUCUAAAGUUCCCAAAAAUUGAACUGUCUGUAUCACCCAAAAAUGAUUGA